CAGACAACCGGAAAGUUAGACUUUGUCCAAUUCCACGCUGUUUUUGACGGAAGUGCUCUGGUUCAACAUCGUUCAACUAUGAAUCCUCAAUAUACUGGUAAAAUUUGUAGACUAUUUCAUUUAAUAUCUUCCCAUUUCUAUGUGUUAAUCUCUUUUCUAUUUGUUUCGCUCUCUCUCUCUCUCUCUCUCUCUCUCUCUCUCUCUCUCUCUCUGUCCCUCUCUUCUUUUCUCUCUCUCUCUCUCUCUCUCUCUCUCUCUCUCUCUCUCUCUCACACACUCCCAUUUCUAUGUGUUAAUCUCUUUUCUAUUUGUUUCGCUCUCUCUCUCUCUCUCUCUCUCUCUCUCUCUCUCUCUCUCUCAGUGCCUCUCUUCUCUUCUCUCUCUCUCUCUCUCUCUCUCUCCUUCUGUCUCUCUUUCUCUCACACAAACACGCCCACUUUCACAUACACAAAUACGCUCUCUUCUGUAUCCUAUACUUUUUAAUCAUUGAUUGUUUAAGCUAUCAGGGUUUUAAUUACUUUAAUUUAACUCUUUACGUGCAUUAAUACAAAUCCUUGAAUUAACGUUAACUUACUGGUUAAUUGCUGCCGUUAUCUUAUCGUAAAUAGGGGUAUGUUUACAAUAGCCAUUUACGGUAAAUAGCAGAAUCUUUAAAAUAAUUGUCCUCUUUAAAGAAAAAUUCAAACAAAAAAGUUCAAAAUAAUUUAUUUUUUAUUUUUUAUAUUGCAUAUUGUCUUUAUUCACAUUUAAUUUGCCAGGAGAUCCAAACAGGGUUAGAAUUGACGGUGAAAGGUCGGUUGUUAUAGGCAUUGGAAAUAUAAAAAAAUACACCGAAAAAGGUAAUAAAAAGACUUUUGUCCAUAAAUUUAUUGUGGUCUGGCCACAGUCAUAAUCAUUUGUUGUAAAUAUAUUGUAUAAUCAAAUUUUAAACAAAUGGCAUAUUAGCAGACGAUGUGCAUAUUAAUAAACUGCGUGCUAUCAUAAGACAGCUUUCUAAUGAUUCAUAAAUAUGUUAUUGUUUAAAGCAUUUCUUUUUUUUAUCUGUAUUUGUAUUCGAUUUUUUCGCAAAAUCCAAUGUAUAAUUAUAUUUAUUAUCAAAAGCCCUAGUAAAUGUCAAUCAUUUGCGUCGCCAAGCUAUUCAAAGUCCAAGAGCGUCCACAUUUCAACAUCACAAAGUUUGGGCGACACUUUUGAGUGUCAUUAAUAAGAGACCAGGAAAAAUAUUUUCUGACUUGUUUUUAUUUCCGUUAAGAUCUUCACAAAGUCUUCUCAUAAGACAUUUUAAAUGAUAAAGUAUGCGAUCAAAAGUUGUUCUGGAGAUAUUUUGUAUUACUAUUGAUAGCAAUACUCAGGUUUAACUAACUAUAAAAGUGAUUUAAUUUUUAAGAACAAAAAUUAUUUUUAUAUUUUUUGUUUAGGAUCGCCUUUGGACAUCUAUCAAACACAUAAGCACCAAACUGCAGACAAUUCUACACUUUUGGUGGGAAAUUCCGAUUUUGCGUCAUCAUUUACAGUGAAAACCGCUGGCCUGUACGCUGUCAACUUGAAUGUAAGUUAACUUACAACAUUUAUUACAUUCAUAAAUUUUGAAGCCUUGAAUAAUGAGAAGAAAAAAAGAUAAUAAAAACUCGCUUGAACUUAAUUUUCCUUUCAAUAUCAGCAUCGAUUUUAAGUGUCAAAAUGAAAGAUAAUUUAUUUUUAUAAAAAUCAAUCUGAUUCGAUAUUUUCAAAAUAUAAUAAAUGAAGUACUGCGUUCAAAGCUGUGUGAAUGAAACAGUAGUACACAGUAUGUGGAGGGUUGAAUCAACCGACAGGACAAUAAGAUUUCAACGAUUUGGUUUAGAGUUAGAGCCUUCUGCAGCAGACAGGACACAUACAAAUACGAAAAGAAACAGAGCACUGGAAAAAAAAAAACUUUAGAGAUCUCCUUUGUUGUUGCCGAAAGUAAUUUGUUUUUUCAAACCCCAGAUUACAGCACUUGAAAGACUGUAUAUAGUGGUACUAUGAAAAAUAAGGUCAAGAAUCUUAAGGGACAUCUUAUUGAAAUGGCUUAUGAUUCAAGCUUCCACAAACUUUGUUCUACUUUUCCAUGGAUAUUUCUAACUCCAUUAUUUUUCAACAUUUUAAUUGUAACUAAUUGUUCGUAAUUUCUCAUUGCAAUGUGUCAUAGGAACAUGGAUUUCUUUUACUGAAAGUCUUCACGAUUUUAUCAAAUACUGAGAUAAAAAUAAAAUUGUUUUAAAAUUACCUAGAUCACAUAAUUUGUUUGUCGCAUAAAAGAUAAAGAUUUGAUUUUGUGGAACUGUAAGAAAUAUAAUCUUUUUAUAUUUAUUACGCUUCUGGUGUGAGCGUGGUCUGCUUCCUAAUGACUGCUUCCUAAUGACUGCUUCAUAAUGACUGCUUCCUAAUGACUGCUUCCUAAUGACUGCUUCCUAAUGACUGCUUCCUAAUGACUGCUUCCUAAUCAGACAAUUCGGUAUUGAGAGUACGUUACAAAUAAUGCAAAACAUUUGAAAAAAAAUAAUGGUUCAAUAAUGAGUUCAAUAACGUGAAAAAUAUAAUUCCCGAUAACUACGCUAUAUAUCUAUACCUAUAUCUAUAUAUAUAUCUAUAUAUAUAUCUAUAACUAUAUAUCUAUAUCUAUCUAUCGAUCUAUCUAUCGAUCUAUCUAUCGAUCUAUCUAUCGAUCUAUCUAUCGAUCUAUCUAUCGAUCUAUCUUAGCUAGAUAGAUAGCUAGAUAGAUAGCUAGAUAGAUAGCUAGAUAGUAUCGAUCUAUCUAUCGAUCUAUCUAUCGAUCUAUCUAUCGAUCUAUCUAUCGAUCUAUCUAUCGAUCUAUCUAUCGAUCAAUCUAUCGAUCUAUCGAUCUAUCGAUCUAUCGAUCAAUAGAUAUAUAGAUACAUAGAUAUAUAGAUAUAGAUAGAUAUUACGUGCCAAACGCAGUUCCGUAAUAUAUAUAUUACGGAACUGCGUUUGGCGCGUAAUAUUUUCUUUUCGGAAAAUGAAAUCGUCUCAAAGUUAAAUAUGGUGUAAAAUAUAUUCGGUUUAAAAGUGGUUGGGACAUCAAUAUAUUUAAUAUAGUUCAUGGGUAUGAAAUAAAAAGUGUACCGUGAUGCAUCAUCGGGGAAGUGGUGUAGCAAAGAUUGGGUUCCUAAAUGUGUGUUACUUGAGUUUAUCUUUUGCCAAGUAACUUUCGUAGAUGGGAAGUUCACGCGUUGCUGUUGCCAAUGUUUGGAGGGCUAUAUCUAGGAAUUAUUAUUAGGACUCUAGUGAGGUUAGUUCUGAUUUCGUGGGCUGAACAUAGGUGUGUAAAUUAAAUCUUGGUAAGGUGGCUUCAAUCAAGGCAUUUAAAUGAAGGGAAAGAAAAGUAUGGAGUCGGUGUCCCGAGAGCUAUUGAGUAGAUGACACAGCAAGUAGAUUAGACCUGGCGUCUGUGUGACGCCACGUGCCAUCUUAUGUAUGGAAUAAGAGGGAGGUGUGGUCCCCUUUGGUUACAGCACAUCAAACACGCCCAUUCUCCUGUGUCAAUCUUCGAGAAUGAAAAUAGCCUUUUUCCGUACCAUAUUGAACUAUAUAAUAUAUUUUUUGCACUUGCUUUAAUUUUUUUUAAAUUUCUGCAACAAAUAGCUAUUUGCACGCUCUUUUUUUUUGUUGCUCUCUCUCUCUCUCUCUCUCUCUCUCUCUCUCUCUUUCUCUGUGUGUGUGUAUGAUAUCGAAUCUCGCAUCUCAAUUUUUGAUCCAUUUCCUGUUCUCUAAUUGCACUGAAACUUUUUAACCUUACCAACCGCCAUGACCAAACAACCCAUCAUGAUCAGUAGGUCAUCAAUGACCACCGAUCACCUUUGCGUGACCUCUGCGGGUCGAAUUUUGCGCCUCAAUUUUCUCCCAACUUCCUGAUAUUCAUCACGAUAUGACUAACAGUAUUUUUUUUUGAAUUACAGCAUUAUUCAAAACUGUUUUAUUUUAAAAGUAAUAAUCUUCACGAUUCUUUUUCUUCCGCAAUCAGAUAACUAUCUUAGACGAGGAUGAGAAACCCGGCAAAGAACAUUACAUCGGCUUGGAUUUAAAUGGCCAGACUGUCUUAGCGUGUCUUAACGGCGGCUUCAGAUGCCCAGAAAAUCUCGAUGACUCCAGCAAAGUCAGGAUCUGCAACAUGAACGGUGAGUCGUAAAGCCGGUCGGUCGGCUGGUGUCUUUCAAAACAAAUACUUUCAUACACUUUAUUGAGACGGUUGCAAACCUCUUUGACGUCGUUAUGCCCCAAACUUGAUCUGGGGAGGGGGGGGGGGCAGAGUUGUAGGUGAGUACUAUGUUAGCCUGUUGGUUUCGUUCUAAAAACUCGAUCUUUUGGGGGGGGCAGUUUUGUUGGUGAAUCAUAUGUAAAUAAAAUGUAUGAUGUGACCCAAGCAAGAAAUGCAACACGUUUCCAAAAUAAUAGCCAGUUCUUGAAUGAGUGAGACACUUUUGCCAACAGAAUAACUAAAUAGUUAGCUAAAUAACUCUGGUAAUUCGUUUUAAUGAUGAGAAAUACAUUUUAACCGUUUAAAAGAUAUUAAACUGGAGGCUGGCUUUCGUGUAUUCCAGGUAUCCUCAAUUUAAAGGAAUCCGACAGGAUACAGGUGAAGACGAUGGAAGCCAACACAACAAUACGAAUAGAAACCAACCGCAACUCUUUGCUCACUAUGGUGUUACUGAAUAAACACUAGAAGUCUUGUGUUACUGCAUAAAAUCUAGAAGUCUUGUGUUACUGAAUAAAAACUAGAAGUCUUGUGCUACUGCAUAAAACCUAGAAGUCUUGUGUUACUGCAUACAAACUUGAAGUCUGGUGUUACUGCAUAAAAACUUGGUCUGGUGUUACUGCAUAAAACCUAGAAGUCUUGUGUUACUGCAUAAAAACUAGAAGUCUGGUGUUGCUGCAUAGAAACUAGAAGUCUUGUGUUUGCUAUUACAUAAAAGCUACAAGUCUGGUGAUACCCCAUAAAACUAGUUACGGCAUAAAAAUUAGAAGGAUGUCGCUACAACAUAAAAACUAAAAGUCUUGUGCUACUGCAUGUAAGUUAGCAGUCUGGUGUUGCUGCAUAAAAACUAGAAGUCUGGUGUUUCUGGUGGCGCAGGUAGGGGGGAGUGGCGAACUGAGGGGCGAAUCCGACCCGG